UUCUCCCUGAACUGCACAUGCUAUCUUUGUCCAUUUAGAACUAAUAUAUCUCUUAUAAUCUAUGUUACACCAUCGUGUAAAUCUAUAUUGCACCAUCGUGUAAAACAUAGAGUGGAGGUUAUUUAGAGAGAAUUUUCUGGGAAUGGGAGAUUGUUUGCGUAUCAAAGGGAGAUUUCGUUAUUAUGGUUACCUGAUAAGAUAGCUCGUGCCCUAUGUGGCCUUGAGCUAGCUGAGGGCAGAGCGGGGGUAAUGAUAGAACAAGGGCACGAGCCCGGCUAGAGUUAGUAGUGUGUGGUCCACCACUGCCACCGCACCUCGAUUCGCAACAGCGCCGCACUACCGUGUGUUCAAGCACGUGAUGGCUCUCCGGUUCGGCUCAGUGUUAGUGUUACUAGUACUGUUACUGCUGGUAAUGGUAAAUUCAUAUCGACUGCCGGACCUAGGACAGCCUCUGGAGUACAUCUCUUCUGAGAAUGUGUUAUCACUGCCAAGAUCACUGGUACGACGACUAUCAGCAUCAACAUCGACCCGUUCACCAGACCUGAUGGUAAAGCUACCAAUAGUAAAUCCAGUACCAGAUCCACUGACACAAAGACCAGUACUAACUCCGGUACUAGAUCCACUGACACAAAAACCAAUACUGACUCCGGUACCAGAUUUGCUAACACAACCACCAGCAUUAACUUCGGUACCAAGUCUGGCGACACAUCUACCAACCCUAACUCCAAUACUAGAUCCGCUGUCACAGCCACCGCCACUAACACUAGUACCAGAUGCACUGACAAGACCAGCGAGAACAGUGGCAACCACGAGAUUCACAACCAGUGCCAACCGCCUCCCCGCCCAGUGGUACCAGAUCAAUGACACCACUGUCGGCCUGGAUGAACAGACUAUUUCCCGCAGAAACGUUGUCAAACAGAUGAUGAAACACUCGUGGGACAACUAUGUGCGCUAUGCUUGGGGCAAGAACGAGCUGCGUCCGGUGAGCAAGCGAGGACACUCCGGCAGCAUCUUCGGCUCUGCAUCACUAGGAGCCACCAUCAUGGACGGGUUGGACACCCUGUACAUCAUGGGACUUAUGGACGAGUUCAAGCAGGGCCGAGACUGGAUCGCCGACAACUACAGCCUAGACCAGCUGAGUGUGGAUUUGUCAGUUUUUGAGACUAACAUCCGAUUCGUGGGAGGGCUGCUGACAUGUUUCGCUUUGACGGGAGAUGUGAUGUUCCGGGACAAAGCAGAGCAUACAGCCCAGAAACUGCUGCCAGCAUUCCAGACACAAACAGGCAUCCCUAAUGCUCUAAUAAACACCAAGACUGGGUCAAGCAAGAACUACGGCUGGGCUAGUGGAGGGGCCAGUAUCCUGUCAGAGUUCGGCACCCUGUCACUGGAGUUUGGUUACCUCUCUGACGUCACAGGUAACAGUGUGUACCGUGACAAAGUUGAUCACAUCCGGCAGGUCAUCAAGGGUUUGGAGAAACCGCGAGGUCUCUACCCCAACUACCUCAAUCCGAAGACUGGGAAGUGGGGACAACACCACAUGUCAAUGGGAGCGCUGGGAGACAGUUUCUUUGAAUAUCUGCUGAAGGAGUGGCUGCGCAGCGGGCGUGAGGACCAAGAGGCGCGGCAGAUGUAUGACGAGGCAAUGCAAGCUAUCAUGACUCAUAUGCUACGAACCUCCGCUGGUGGUCUCAUGUACUUCUCCGACCUGAAGUUCGACCGACUCGAGCACAAGAUGGACCAUCUUGCCUGCUUCUCUGGUGGCCUGUUGGCACUGGGAGCCCAUACACUACAGAGUCCACAGAGUGCUAGGUACAUGGAGGUGGCCGAAGGUAUUACCAAUACCUGUCACGAGUCUUAUGAUCGCACGGCCACAAAGCUAGGGCCUGAGAGCUUCCGGUUCACUGAAGUCGUGGAAGCCAAGGCCAUCCGCACCGCUGACAAGUACUACAUCCUGCGGCCUGAAGUCAUAGAGUCCUACUUCUAUAUGUGGAGAGUCACCAAGGACCCCAAGUAUCGCGAGUGGGGCUGGGAAGCUGUUCAGGCAUUGCAGAAACACUGCUGGACUCCAGGUGGAUACAGUGGAAUCAAGAACGUGUACAUGGAAGACUCCCAGAAAGAUGACGUCCAGCAGAGUUUCUUCUUAGCAGAAACAUUGAAGUACCUGUACUUGCUGUUUAGUGACGACAGCCUCCUCUCUCUGGACGAGUGGGUGUUUAACACGGAGGGUCAUCCCGUGCCCAUCAAAGGCAUGAACCCGUACUAUCGCGCUGCUCCCCACACGUAAUGACCUCUCUCCUAGCCAUGUACAGUUUAGUGCGCCGCAUUUGUUAUUUUGGAUAUCAGUUGUUUUUAUAAAUAAAUGCUUGUUUAUAUGUAAUGUAGCAUCUCAAGCUGUGAAUAACGAUGUUUAUGUUUGUAAAUAAGGUUGUUUUUAAUUUUAAAUUCUGUGAUUUUGAUAGGAUUUUUAAUUUUUCAUAAUAUUCUUCUGUACUAUUGACUGUACAUUCCUAUAGAUUAUACGAUUGUCUCAUAACGGACAAAAGGGUGAAUAGCAAAAAAAGUUGAUAGAAUUUUUGUCUCUUUUUGUUGUCUCCAGUUGUUAUAUCUAAAAAUAUGAAUGUUCUGUGUUAUAUAAAGAUAUGGUUAUAAUGCGGUAAACCCAUGUGAAGUUAAUAAUGUUUACUAGUAAAUUAUCUAAAUUGUAGUUGUAUCAAGCACACGUAUUAUAUAAAUUUUAAAAUAAAAAUAUGAUUUCUCUGUUCAUGGAAUAUACUAAUGGUUUUACAACAACAACACAUCUUACAAAAAUGUGAUUGUUUUCACAAUAUACUAUAAGUAUUUUUUCAAUACUGUUAUUUUAGUAAUAUAUACAAUUGAUUUCAGAAGUGUUCCAUAGACAUUUAUAUAAACUAUAAUUAUAACUAUGUAAAUACAACUUGCACUGUAAAUAAGACAAACUACUUACUUGUGAAAGAUUGGUAUUGUAUAUAGUAAGUAAGUACGAGGGUUUCUGAGUGUUGUGUUACUUACAACGUCAUUUCUGUAUUAGUUUAUAAUUCACUUGUUAUUCUUAAUAAUUCAUCUUGGUUUAUGAGGGAUAUUAUUCAUGCACGUUGUAAUUAGUUUUAUUUAUUUGUAAAGUGUAUUUAUUGCUGUAGUGAAAUUAUUUAUUAAAAUUAACUUUUAGCGAUUUUAAUAAGAGCGGCAUUGAAGCAGUUUAGAUCAGACAGAAGCAGUACAGACAUAAUAUACCAAUAUGACCAAUAUGAGUUUCAAAUUAGGGUAUUGUUCUUUAAUAAGGCUGCUAAACUAAAAUUAUUUGUUAUUGAAUGCACACUUUUCCUAAGUUAAUUGAAGGAUGAAGGAUGAUUAGGCAGCAUAAUAACGUGGGAAUUUAUUAUCAUUAUAUUAAAAAUAUUAAGGACAUUUUAUGGCAAAGUAUGAGAAUUAUUCAAAUAUAAAUAGGAUUUUCAUUUACCUGCUUGCACGUAAAUAUAGAGUUAUGUUGACGAUUGUUGUGGAAAAAGGGGUUGUGUGUUGUAAUUAAACCAUGAUUUACUUAUUCGUGUUAUUUAUGUUUGGUGGCUAAGAAAUCACCAUAUUGUGAAUGAUUGUGUAUAACUGACGUGGCUCUGUAAUUAUCUGCAACUGAAGGACAUUUGAAGCCAAGUGUAGUUAGUUAAUUAACUAUUAAUUUUGCCACUAAAACUCAAAAAGAUAUAGAAAGACUCCAAAUGAAAAACAUGAUUGUUUUCUGAACCCUUUUUUGUGGAACCAACAGUUAUUCAUUGAUUAUAGUAUAAUUGUAGUAGGCUAUCAUCCAAAAAAUUUUGAUUUUUGUUACACUCUCAUUCUUGUGUAAGCUUCUUUAUAGGUAUUAAUUUAAACAUCAGGUUCAUUACAGUUUACAAACAUCAUGUUUACACUAUACAAAGCAGAUAAAUCCAUCAGCCAUGUAUAUAAUGUGGCAUUUACUUUCAUCUUUGCUAUUGCAGUUGAGUUCAGUCGUUUGUUAUGGUUACUAAAUUAUCUUUUACUGUUUGUUACACUAGAGGAUAUUUAUAAUUUAUAUAUGCUGUAACUGUUUUGUAAAUUUUUAUGGCACAGGAAGUAUUUAAUGUUUAGUAUGUGAAACAUGUGUUAUUGGGCAAUAUAAUACUUAUUAAAAUCAUCCAAAUUACCUUUUUUCCCAAAUUUGUACAUGUUUUUGAAUGUCUAUGCCUAUUUUGCUUCCAUACAUUCCUAAAAACCUGUAUAUUUUAGUUGAAAACGUGUUUUUCAAAACGUAAAGAUAAUUUUAAAAAUGUUUCACUGCGGAUUUUAGAGUUUUAUUUUACUUAAAGCAUUGGAACAGUGUAUGUCCCCUAUUAGAUGGAGAAGGCACUAGUGUUACAAAAAUAAUAAAAGUAUUAAAUUUUGUUGGUGAAUUUCUCUUAGUAAUAAAUUUGUGAACAUUUCAGAUUUAUAUUUGAAUAGCCCUCAUUUUGCAGGUAAAUGAGUUGUCUUAAUUAAAAGUUUUAUAGUUUGAGCUGCUGUAUUAUUUGGUUGGGUAAUGUAUUGGUUGUCGUAUUUUUAUGAUUACCAAUAUAUAUUUUGCACAAUGUUUGAGUUCCAAUGCCACUCUUAUAAAGCUUAAUUUCCAAAGAACUUUUAUUUUCCCUUGUCACUUACUCUUCCAACUGAAGUGUUCCAUUUAGAAAUAUAAUUUCAAGAAUGCUGUUUUCAUUUUAAGCUUACAUUUGUAUAAUACUGGUCCUAAACCCUUAUUAGUCGGUUUUUUUAAAGUUUUACAUUUUUAAUAUAUUUUUAUUGUAGUAAUAAAUAAAGUAGUCAAUUACUGUAUGGUUUGAGUACCGUAAGUUGUUUUGAGAGUGGAUUUUAUAGUACUGAAAAGCUCAACUGUAUAUUAUAGGGUUUAAUAUACUAAAGUCACUGUGUGUACCAGUUGGAUAUUUUAGGCUAAGACUGUAUAAUUAUGGACCUUGUGUAAAAAUACAGAGAUUUGUUAAUAAUA